GGGAAAACAAAGAGGAAGAAGUCAAGGGAACGCAUUUAGGAGGAGGGAACACGUGGAAAAUUGGGAGAGGGGACAACCCAGCCAACAAGGCAGCGCCACAGUUCUUUUCAUUUAACUGAACUAGAGCGUAUUCAAGUUUUCGUGUUGCGCUCAGAUGGAUGUAUUGCUGAUGAAAACUACAAACUAGGGCUCUAAAUUGACUAACAUCUGUGGGGAAAGGGACCAAAAGACAUGGAAAAUUCGGCAUCAAGGACCGGACAGAAGAGCUGGAAGUUGCUCAGAGAAUCCCUGUUGCUUUGCUUGUUUGCCGGGAAAGGGCAAGCCCAAUGUGACGGCUGUUUAGAGUACUGCUGUGAUGGAGCACCUCCUUUCUGCUGUUCCUACUAUGCCUACGUGGGUGAUAUUCUCUCGGGGACGGCAAUAUCCGGCAUCGUUUUUGGCGUGGUGUUUCUGAUGGGAGCGGUGGCGGCAGGCUUUCUGUUUGUCUGCAUGUGUGUGAAGAACGGUCGAGGGGCUCGCGUCGGAGUCUUCGGCACAUCCUACGUCAACACGGUGUCACAGGGAUAUCCAGGUCCUCCUCCACCCUACACCUACGACUAUGAGAUGUACUCUGCAGAUCUCCACCCGCCUCCGUACACACCCACCCCUCCCCGGGGCGCAAACUACUCCCCGCCUCCCCCGUAUCCAGGCUACACCCGGAAGUGAGCGGUUAUCUGCACCUGAUGGGGGUGGCAGCCUCUGCUCUUCAUCGUCGUGGGGGGUUAGGUAGACAGACGACCCUCCCUGUGGGAGAGGAUGUGGUAUCUCUGGGCUAUGAAUUACGAUACAAGAACUUGAGGAUGUUCACCAAGGGCAAGAACUGCCCAGUUCUUCUCUGGUCGGACCAGUGAUGUUGUGCUGUCUGACUAGCUGGAUACGGAUGGAUCAGCCCAGGAGGGCCUAGAGGCCACAGGGGAAAUGGAAGUACUGUAGCUGUCUGCACAGAGAAUAUGGAGCUCUCUCAAAGGACCAUUUUGAGCACAUAAAUUAUAAAAAUGUGCCUAUGUUGUGCCAUAAAGACUUGACAAUAAACUAUGUUUGAAUGAUGGUGGAUCAAAGAAGACAGAAUGAAAUAACUGGACUCAAAAGGACUGAAAAUGGACUAUAGUUUGAAUGGACCACCAUUGGCCUGAAACUUGAAGAAAACCUGAUAAUAACUUGACUGAGAGGAAUACGUUUUUGAGAAUAUGAUGUUGCUGCAUCUUAUGUGGUGUUUAAGUGUCAGUGAGGUUUUGUUAAACUGAUGAAAAGACUUCCUGUUGUCAUACUUCUCAUGGAUAUUGUCCUGUUCUAUUUUUAGUAUGUUCUCUCUUCAUGUUAUCUGAUGCAGCCGCAUCAGCUCCUAAUGUGACGUGAUGAGAUGUGACAAAUGCCUAAUUUCAUAGGACGUAUCUAAUAAA